AGGGGCUGGCGCGGAAAACGAAGGUUACGUUUUGGAUCCUUGCGGAGAACUUUGGCGGCUUUAAGUCCUAGACCUGGGAAGGACGGCAACCUUUGGGGAAGUUAGGCCCGGACGGACUAGUGAGCUUGUGUACGCGCCAAGCCCUCUGGUGCCAUGAGAAGCUUCAAAGGAGUCAACUUUGGGGCUCUGCUAAGCAGCCUGAAGGAGACUAAAGAGUUGCUAGCUGACUUGAAGGAGUUCCUGUCCAAGAUUCCACCUGGUUCUUCCAGCUGCCGAUUCUAUGCUGAGAGGAGACAAGCUUGUGAUGCCAUACUGAGGGCUUGCAACCAGCAGCUGACAGCCAAGUUGGCCUGCCCUAGACACCUGGGGAGUCUACUGGAGCUGGCAGAGCUGGCCUGCAAUGGCUACUUGGUGUCCACCCCCCAGCGCCCACACCUCUACCUGGAACGAAUUCUGUUUAUCUUUCUGCGUAAUGUUGCUGCACAGGGAAUCCCAGAGGCCGCACUCCGACUGGCUAAGCCCCUUCAUGCCUGUUUGGUGCAGUGCUCUCACCAAGCUGCUCCUCAGGACUAUGAGGCUGUGGCUCAGGGCAGCUUUUCUCUGCUUUGGAAGGGAGCAGAAGCCCUGGUGGAGCGGCGAGCUGCCUUGUCAGCUAGGCUGCAGGCCUUGAGCUUUCUAGUACUCUUGGAGGAUGAAAGUACCCCUUAUGAAGUUCCCCACUUUGCUUCUCCAACAGCCUGUCGAGUGGUAGCUGCCCAUCAUCUAUUUGAUGCCACUGGGCAUGGUCUUAAUGAAGCAGAUGCAGAUUUCCUAGAUGACCUGCUCUCCAGGCAUGUUAUCAGAGUCUUGGUGGGUGAAAGAGAGGGCUCUCCUGGUCCUCUUUCUCCCCAGAGGGCCCUCUGUCUCUUGGAGCUUACCCUGGAAUACUGCCGUCGCCUCUGCUGGAGCCACCACCAUGCCAAAGCCACCAGGGCAGUUGAGAAAGUCCACAAUUACUUAAGGAACACCAGUCUGGCCCCCAGCCUCCAGCUAUGCCAACUGGGAGUUGAACUGCUGCAGGUCAGAGAGGGAAGACCCCAGGCAGUGGCCAAAAUUCUGAUCAAGGCAUCAGCUCUCCUCAAGAACAACAUGGAGGCACUGUCACCCCCACUGCGGGCAUUGUGUGACAGCUGCCAGUUCUUCUUCUCAGGCCUAGAGCGAGGCACGAAGAGGCGCUAUGGACCUGAUGCUAUUCUGGGCCUCUUUGCUUUUCUUGGCGGAUACUGCUCCCUCAUCCGGCAGCUGCAGGAUGGUGUCUGCAGGGACUCCUCCAAGCAGCAGCAGUCUUUGGUUCAGAUGUACUUCCAGGGACUUCACCUCUACACUGUGGUGGUUUAUGACUUUGCCCAAGGCUGUCAGGUAGCUGAUUUGACUGACCUCGCCCAGCUAGUAGAGAGUUGCAAAUCUACUGUGGUGUGGAUGCUGGAGGCCUUACAGGGCUUGUCAGACCAAACGCUGACGGAGUAUCUGGGGAUAACUGCCUCUUACACCAGUAACUUGGCCUACAGCUUCUAUAGUCACAAGCUUUUUGCUGAGGCCUGUGCCAUCUCCGAGCCUGUCUGUCAGCACCUUGGCUUGGUGAAGUCACAUACCUACCCUGAAGUGCCUUCUGAGAAGUUGCACAGAUGCUUCCGGCUGCAUGUAGAGAGUUUGAAGAAACUGGGUGAACAGGCCCAGGGCUGCAAGAUGGUCACUUUGUGGCUGGCAGCCCUGCAGCCCUGCAGCCCUGAACACAUGACUGAGCCAGUCACCUUCUGGGUCCGAGUCAAGAUGGAUGCAGCCAGAGCUGGAGACAAGGAGCUACAGCUGAGGACUCUGCGAGACAGCCUGAGCGGCUGGGACCCAGAGACCCUGGCCCUCCUGCUGAGGGAGGAGCUGCAGGCUUACAAGGCGGUACGGGCUGACACAGGGCAGGAGCGGUUCAACGUCAUCUGUGACCUGCUGGAGCUAAGCCCCGAGGAGACACCGACGGGAGCCUGGGCUCGAGCCACCCACCUGGUGGAACUGGCUCAGGUGCUCUGCUACCAUGACUUUGUCCAGCAGACUGACUGCUCUGCCUUGGAUGCUAUCCAGGAAGCCCUACAGCUCCUGGAGUCUGUGAGGCCUGAGGCCCAGGCUGAGGAUCAGCUUCUGGAUGAUAAAGCACAAGCCCUGCUGUGGCUCUACAUCUGUACCCUGGAGGCCAAAAUGCAGGAAGGUAUCGAGCGGGAUCGGAGAGCCCAGGCCCCUACUAACUUGGAGGAAUUUGAAGUCAAUGACCUGAACUAUGAAGAUAAACUCCAGGAAGAUCGUUUCCUAUACAGUAACAUUGCCUUCAACCUGGCUGCAGAUGCUGGUGAAGACUGUAAACAUGCUCAGUCCAAAUGCUUGGACAAAGCCCUAGCCCUGUGGAAGGAGGUGCUUACAAAGGGGCAGGCCCCCACUCUGCGGUGUCUCCAGCAGACUGCAGCCUCACUGCAGAUCCUAGCCGCCCUCUAUCAGCUGGUGGCAAAGCCCCUGCAGGCUCUGGAGGUCCUCCUGCUUGUACGGAUUGUCUCCCAGAGACUGGAAGACCAUGUGAAGGCAGCUGGCUCCUCGUGCCAUGCCACCCAGCUGCUCCUGGCACUGGGCUGUCCCAGCUAUGCUCAGUUACACCUGGAAGAGGCAAAGUCAAGUCUGAAGCUUCUGAAUCACACCACUGACUCAUACCUGCUCCUUUCCCUCACGUGUGACCUUCUUCAAAGUCAACUCUGUUAUGCUCACCAGCAGGUGACUGAGGGUGCUUCUCUGUUGCUGUCUGUGCUUCGGGACCCUGCCCUCCAGAGAUCAUCCAAGGCCUGGUACUUGCUGCGUGUCCAGGCCCUGCAACUGGUGGCAGUCUACCUUAGCCUCUCAUCAGACAGCCUCUCAGCCUCCCUGGGGGAGCAGAUCUGUGCCCAAGGCUGGCAGACUCCUGAGAUAGCACUCAUCGACUCCCAUAAGCUCCUCCGAAGCAUCCUCCUCCUGCUCAUGGGCAGUGGCAUGCUCUCAGUUCAAAAAGCAGCUGUGGAGACUCCGUUUCUGGACUAUGGUGAAAAUCUGGUGCAAAAAUGGCAGGUUCUUGCAGAGGUCCUGAGUUGCUCGGAGAAACUUGUCUCUCACCUGGGCCGCCUGGGUAGUGUGAAUGAAGCCAAGGCCUUUUGCUUGGAGGCCCUGAAACUUACGACAAAGCUACAGAUGCCACGCCAGUGUGCCCUGUUCCUGGUGCUGAAGGGGGAGCUGGAGCUGGCCCGUAAUGACGUUGACCUCUGUCAGUCGGACCUGCAGCAGGUUUUGUUCUUGCUUGAAUCUUGCACAGAGUUUGGUGGACUAGCCCAGCACCUGGACUCCGUGAAGAAGGUCCACCUGCAGAAGGGGAAGCAUCUGGCCCAGGUUCCCCGACCUCCAGAGCUCCCAGAGGAGGAGCCCUUCCUAAGAGGCCCUUCUCUGGAGCUGGUCGCUACUGUGGCCAAGGAACCUGGCCCCAUAGCACCUUCUACUAACUCCUCCCCAGUCCUGAAAGUGAAGCCCCCACCCAGCCCUGGCUUCCUGACCCAUUUGCCCACAUGUGAUUGCUCACUCUGUGCCAGCCCUGUCCUCUCGGCAGUCUGUCUGCGCUGGACACUGGUCACAGCAGAGUUGAGGCUGACCAUGGGCCGUGAGGCCCAGGGUCUCAAUAUGCUGCAGGUCGUGCUGAAGGGUUGCCUUGCAGCCACCGAGCGCCUUACUCAAGCUCUACAAGCUUCCCUGAAUCACAAAGCACCCCCUUCCCCUGUCCCAAGCCUCUUGGAUGAGAUCAUGGCUCAGGCAUACACACAGCUGGCACUGGAGGGGUUGAGCCAGCCAUCGAACAAGAGCCUGGGGAAGGUCCUGGAGUCAGGUCUAAAGUUUGUGGCUGCUCGGAUACCCCACCUGGAGCCCUGGCGAGCUAGCCUACUCUUGAUUUGGGCUCUUGAAAAGCUGGCUGGCUUCAGCUGCUGCACUACUGAACUCUUCGCAAGCUCCUGGGGCUGGCAGCCGCCAUCAAUAAAGACCCCGCCAGGCUCAGGGCCCUCUAAGCCUUGGAGCCAAAAGCAUUCUGGACGGGGGCGCCAGCAGGCAGUCUCCACCACCCUUCCCCUCCAUAAUACUCUGGAAGGUGGAGGACCACCCUGUACACCUAAACCCACAGGUCAGGUCAGGCAGGCUGGGCCUCGUGUCCCUUUCACUGUGUUUGAAGAAGUCUUCUGCACAAAGAGCAAGCCAGAGGUUCCCAAGGCCCCCAAAGUACAACAGAGGGUCCAGACACGCCUCAAGAUGAACUUCAGUGAUGACAGUGACUUGGAAGACCCUUUCUCAGUUGAGGCACAGCUUGCAGAGGAGCUCAAGAGGCGAGGCACUGCUUCCCAAGGCCGGGGCCGGGCUAGGAAUGGCCCAAGCUUGAAGACUGUUACAACGGCUGCGCCAGGUAGUGUCCCCAAGCACCCUGGCCUUGGUGGCAGAACCCGGAGAGCCAAGAAGGUGGCAUCAGGACAUUGUGAGGAGCUGGGCCCCGAGAUCAUGAGGACCAUCCCUGAGGAGGAACUGACUGACAACCAGUUGGAAAUGAGCUUUGAGAUCCUCAGGGGCUCUGAUGGGGAAGAAUCAGCCUCAGGUGGGAAGGCACCAGCUCCUGGGCCUGACACGGCCAUAGGAGAAUGUGAGGUACUGAGACGGGAUUCCAGCAAAGAAGAACUGCCCGUCCUGGGCCCAGACAAGGAGAGAGACAAGGCUCUUGAUCCUCGAUACCAACUCCCCUCGACCCCUGUAGCCAUUGGUCUCUCUACCCUGGAUUCCAUCUGUGAUUCGCUGAGUGUUGCUUUCCGUGGGGUCAGUCACUGUCCUCCUAGUGGGCUCUACGCUCACCUCUGCCGCUUGUUGGCCUUGUGCCUGGGCCACCGGGAUCCCUAUGCCACUGCCUGCCUUGUCACUGAGUCUGUCUCCAUCACCUGUCGUCACCAGCUGCUCACCCAUCUCCACAGACAGCUCAGCAAAGCCCAGAAGCACCGGGGAUCAGUCGAAGUAACAGACCAGCUGAAGAAGCUAAGCCUCCAGGAGAGGCAGGGAGAUGUCCCUCUGGCCCGCAUCCAGCGCCUCUUUUCCUUCAGAGCUUCGGGAUCUGGCCACUUCCUCCAGGCUGAGAAGGAGAGAUUCCAAGAGCACCUGGCUCUGAUCCCCAGUGGGGUGACUGUGUGUGUGUUGGCUCUGGCUACCCUCCAGCCUGGAACUGUAGACAACACCCUCCUGCUGACUCGCCUGGAAAAAGACAAUCACCCAGUCACUGUGCAGAUCGCCACUGCCCAGAAUAAGUUUCCUUUGAGUUCAGCCCUGAAAGAGUUUGAUGCCAUCCAGAAGGAACAGAAGGAGAACAGCAGCUGUACUGACAAGCGUGAAUGGUGGACAGGGAGGCUAGAACUGGACCGUAGGAUGGAGGUUCUCAUCACUUCCCUAGAGAAGCAUGUAUUGGGCUGCUGGAGGGGGCUGUUGGUGCCAUCCAGUGAGGACUCCAGCCCUGCCCGGGAGGCCUCCCAGCUACAAGAGUUGCUGCAGGAAUGUGGCUGGAAAUAUCCUGAUCCCACUCUGCUGAAAAUCAUGCUCAGUGGUGCCAGCACCCUCACCCCACAGGAUAUUCAGGCCCUGGCCUAUGGGCUGUGCCCAACCCGGCCAGAGAGAGCCCAGGAGCUCCUUAGUGAUGCAAUAGGACGUCUACAGGGUCAGACGGUACCAAGCAAUAAGCACCUUGUCUUAGUGCUAGACAAGGACCUGCAGAAACUGCCAUGGGAGAGCAUGCCCAGCCUCCGGGCACUGCCUGUCACUCGGCUGCCCUCCUUCCGCUUCCUACUCAGCUACUCCAUCAUCAGAGAGUCUGGGGCCUCAUCAGUGCUGAGCCAAGGGGUGGAUCCUCGCAGUACCUUCUACGUCCUGAACCCUCACAAUAACCUGUCAAGUACAGAGGAGCAAUUCCGAGCCCGUUUUAACAGUGAAGCUGGCUGGAAAGGGGUGGUCGGGGAGGUGCCAAGCCCGGCACAGGUGCAAGCGGCCUUAACAGAGCAUGACUUAUAUAUCUAUGCCGGGCAUGGGGCCGGUGCCCGAUUUCUGGAUGGGCAGGCUGUCCUACGGCUGAGCUGCCGGGCAGUAGCCUUGCUGUUUGGCUGCAGCAGUGCAGCCCUCGCUGUGCACGGAAACCUGGAGGGGGCUGGCAUCGUGCUCAAGUAUAUCAUGGCUGGCUGCCCCCUGUUUCUGGGAAACCUAUGGGAUGUGACUGACCGUGAUAUUGACCGCUACACAGAGGCUCUGCUGCAGGGCUGGCUCGGAGCAGGCCCAGGAGCCCCUCUUCUCUACUAUGUCAACCAGGCCCGCCAGGCUCCCCGACUCAAGUAUCUUAUUGGGGCUGCACCUGUAGCCUAUGGCUUGCCUGUCUCUCUGCGGUGACCCCUUGGAGCUGCCCUAUUGCUGACAGAAACCAUGUGACUGUUCUACCUCCCAUACUUAGAUUUAACCUUUAAGAUAAAUAUUUUAAGAGCUUUUCCCCAGUAUUUUAUAUGGACUAUUUCCUUUUUAUUUCACCUUAAUAUAAAAUAAAGAUACACUACUUAAA